GACCGAGCGGGCGCGCGCUCACGGGGUCGCGCGGCUGCCGAAGAGGGCGAGUGCGCGCUGGGAGGGAGUGGAGGCGUAGCGGGGCGGGGGUAGGGCUCGCUUGCUCGCAAGAUGGCGGACGAGGACGGGGAAGGGAUUCACCCCUCAGCCCCUCACAGGAACGGAGGCGGCGGUGGCGGUGGGGGGUCUGGGCUCCACUGCGCCGGGAACGGCGGUGGCGGAGGCGGCGGCCCGCGGGUCGUGCGCAUCGUCAAGUCAGAGUCCGGCUACGGCUUCAACGUGCGGGGCCAAGUGAGCGAGGGCGGGCAACUGCGGAGCAUCAACGGGGAGCUGUAUGCGCCGCUGCAGCAUGUGAGCGCCGUGCUGCCCGGGGGGGCGGCCGAUCGGGCCGGGGUGCGCAAGGGGGACCGCAUCCUGGAGGUGAACGGCGUGAAUGUUGAGGGGGCGACACACAAGCAGGUGGUGGACCUGAUCCGAGCAGGCGAGAAGGAGUUGAUCUUGACAGUGUUAUCUGUACCUCCUCAUGAGGCAGAUAACCUAGAUCCCAGUGACGACUCGUUGGGACAGUCUUUUUAUGAUUACACAGAAAAGCAAGCAGUGCCCAUAUCGGUCCCCACAUACAAACAUGUGGAGCAGAAUGGUGAAAAAUUUGUGGUAUACAAUGUUUACAUGGCAGGGAGGCAGCUGUGUUCUAAGCGGUACCGAGAGUUUGCUAUCCUACACCAGAACCUAAAGAGAGAGUUUGCCAACUUUACAUUUCCUCGACUUCCAGGAAAGUGGCCAUUCUCAUUAUCAGAACAACAGUUAGAUGCUCGACGUCGGGGGUUAGAAGAAUAUCUAGAAAGAGUUUGUUCAAUACGAGUCAUUGGUGAGAGUGACAUCAUGCAGGAAUUCCUGUCAGAAUCAGAUGAGAACUACAAUGGCGUAUCUGAUGUAGAGCUGAGAGUAGCAUCACCAGAUGGAACAACAGUUACGGUCAGAGUGAAAAAGAACAGUACUACAGAUCAAGUAUAUCAGGCUAUUGCAGCAAAGGUUGGCAUGGACAGUACAACAGUGAAUUACUUUGCCUUAUUUGAAGUGAUCAAUCAUUCUUUUGUACGUAAGCUGGCACCUAAUGAAUUUCCUCAUAAACUCUAUGUCCAGAAUUACACAUCAGCUGUGCCAGGCACCUGCCUGACCAUUCGAAAGUGGCUUUUUACAACAGAAGAAGAAAUCCUCUUAAAUGACAAUGACCUUGCCGUUACCUACUUCUUUCAUCAGGCUGUUGAUGAUGUGAAGAAAGGUUACAUCAAAGCAGAGGAAAAGUCUUACCAAUUACAGAAGCUAUAUGAACAAAGGAAAAUGGUCAUGUACCUCAACAUGCUAAGAACUUGUGAGGGCUACAAUGAAAUCAUCUUCCCCCACUGUGCCUGUGAUUCCAGGAGGAAGGGGCACGUUAUCACAGCCAUCAGCAUCACGCACUUUAAACUGCAUGCUUGCACUGAGGAAGGACAGCUGGAGAACCAGGUCAUAGCAUUUGAAUGGAAUGAGAUGCAGCGGUGGGACACAGACGAAGAAGGAAUGGCCUUCUGUUUUGAAUAUGCACGAGGAGAGAAGAAGCCCAGAUGGGUUAAAAUCUUCACACCUUAUUUUAAUUACAUGCAUGAGUGCUUCGAGAGGGUGUUCUGCGAGCUCAAGUGGAGAAAAGAGAACAUUUUCCAGAUGGCGAGGUCACAGCAGAGAGAUGUGGCCACCUAGCCUUUCCUUAUUCCCUUCCUUUUUCACCAUCAUCCUCUUAUCCCUUUCAUCUCCCUUGUCAGACAGAGUAACCAUUAACAGAAAAGAAAAAAGUCAUUACAUUCAGAUGCCCUAAAUUAAAUAUUAUUAAUAACUCCCUCUGGAAUUGAGCUGGUAGAGAACAGAUUGGUCAGUACCAGAAGUCCACUGAGAUAAGAUAGGAAAAGAAAUAAGCCCAACCAACUCACCAAAGGUAUCUUUAUCCAUUUUCCUGGGCCUCGUACCAACAGACACUCCUUGUAUAUUUUCAAAACUGGAACUAUGAACUUCAUCCAUUUGCACUGUUCAGACAUAUAUAUGUAUGUAUGUAAAAAAUUAUAUAUACACAAAUUAGCUGCACGUAUAUACAUAUAUAUAUUUCUUUUUAAAUUUCAUAUUGAUGGCAGUACCUUUUUUAGCUUGUGUUUUUACACACCUUUCACUAGAAUUCAUGACCCCUCUCUCUCAUUCUUUAUUUUGAAACAAACUUUAAAAAGGAAAAAAAAAAAUUACAGGAAAAAUACCUCUCCUCAUGAAGGACUCGAAAAGUUUACAACCUGCUUGGGUUUUUCCCCCUUUUUUGUAUUGAGUGCAGUUUCUGGCUCAUGGGUUGCUGUCGAGUCUGAGGAGCAAGGAGUGUAGUGUCUUUAUCUUCCAAGAGGACACAGGGAGGAGAAAUGGGUGUUUCUCAUGGGCACAAGGCUGAGAUCUACAGAGAGAGAAUCUGAAGACUUGGUGUCGUCUCUUGAUUUUAAAGACAGUUUCCUGGUCCAUCCCUGUCCCACUUACGGCUUCCUGGCUUAUUCUGUACUCCUUCAUGCUUCCUUGGGGCCUCUGGUAUGUUUUUCCUCAGCUGCCCAGAGUGGAGUUGAGCAUGGGCUUAAGAAGUUGAUGCUGCAAGAACCCAGAACACUUCAUGGUAGUAAUUGCUGAUCUUGCCUUUUCUGCAGCAGGGGUGGCAUUAGGGACCAGAGUAAAGCUGAUAUGUUAGGCACAAAGGUUAGAUUUGCAGAGAGAAAAGAAACGAAGUGAUACCUUGUGUACAUAAGACUUUACCUACUCCAUUCCUGAACUGGAACCACCCAUAACUAUUACAGUUUAUGUAACAUCCUUAAACAGCAGUAUUGGGGAAGGACCUCACAGUAUCCUCAAGACCUUAGGGAAACUUAGGUCUGUGGUCUGUGCCAACCAAGCCAUAGCCCUGCCUGAGCCAGUGAGGACCCAGGAAGAAGUGGAAAUGUGGUCAAUUUAAGUGACAUCUCCACCUUCUGUUUAAAAGGAGACUCAAGGAAAACUUUUGUAUUCCUCAAACCGUUGCUCAUCUGACCUUGCAGAUAGACCUUUUGAGACAUACAAGCUACGUCCCAGGAUCAGAGGCCAGGGCUGAUGCAUAAGGCAACAUUCCCAGACUCUGAGCUUGGUAUCCAUUGCAUAAGGAACACUAAGUCCAGCUCAGGUGCCACUGAAACAUAUCUUUGAACCGUUUUUUGUUUUGUUUGUGUUUUUUUUCUUUGCUCCCUUUCAUCUUCUCUUCUGCCUUUUCUAGUUGGGAGGCAGUCAGAAUUGGUUGUAGUCUGCUCCAUUGAGCAGUGUUGGAUUGGUUUGAAGUUACUAUUUUGUAGCUUGUUUUGCAGAUCAUUGUGAGGCCAUCUUUCUUUCAUUUCUCACUGUUAUCCUAGUGGCCAUAGGCCACCAGGGCAGUGUGAAAUCACAUAAAACAUCCUAUCCUCUCUACUUCUUCACAUCCAAUCUAGGAAGAAUCUCAGAUUUCAAAACACUAGAAUGCUGAAUGUUUAUCAUUGAAGAGGGUAAUCCCUGCUUUGAAGGCUUUAUUUAAUACAGGAUCAACUCCUUUUGGCUUAAAUGAAUUUAAUAAUGAGCCAAAGGACCUUAAAAAGAAAAUAGGUUGAUUUUCCACUCCAAGCUGAAGAGGCCUUUGAACUAGCUUUGUUCAGAAAAUAAAAACAGCGACAGUGCAUCCCCACACACUCAUGGUGGGAGAGGAAUGACAGGCCCUGGAGUCUGCAAUGACAGACCAAGUGCCAGCCUCUGGAUAUGAGACAUGAGGAGUUGGAGGCCCCUAGAGUGGCUGCAUGGUGCUGUGUUCCUUUUCUUGAAUAACAUCCACUUGGUGUUUGGGGAUUGAAUGAGGGACUCCAUAGAUAGUGGACCUAUUGGCAGGAUCUGCUUAGGACCGGCUUCUACUGGAAGCCGUGCCACUAACAAAGCACCAAGCUGCAGCAAGGAGGGAGACUCUGUAGGAUGUGGUGCCUUUUCCUUUCUCACACCAGGCCUCCCGCAGUGGAGGCAGAGGUCAUUGUGGCAGUGGAAGUCCAUAGGAUCAAGCUCUUCUUUGCAUGAAGCAGUGUUAGGUGUGACUCUACUUCCCCCUCAUCCCUUGUACUUUGUUUCUGUAAUCCCUGCUACUUUCCUUAGUCCUAGCUUCUGCCCAGGGAGACACCUACCCAGUCUUUUACAGUUUGACUCUGAAACAGGAGGGCCUCCCUGCUUGCCAGCUUCAUCCCAGCAAAGUCAGCAGGAUCUUCCUGGUUUCUCCCUGUCAUCCCCUCCGCUCUGGAUUUCUGUCCUGUGGGGCAAAAGCUUAGAGUUUUUAUGGAACAAGAGAAAAUUGAGACCCCGAGGAGCUUGUCUCUAUAGAAAGGCUCCUUUGGCCCAUACUUUGAGUUCUCUGCUUUUCAUACUUUCACUUGAUUAUCUUUCUAGCCUCCCCUUGCCCUAAAAUCUGCACAGGAUGGCUCCAGGCCUAAAUAUGCUUUCACUGUGAGGAAUUAGAUAAAUAUUCCAAUGUCCUCAUGCUGGCCCAUUGCAUUUUAUCCUUUAGUUACCCAGGCCAGUCGUUUUGAGUUAUCUCUCAUAGCUCCAAACCCAGUGACCAGGGCACUGACAGGUGUGACAGACAAAUUCUGUCUCAUCUCAAAUUUGCCAACUACAGGUCUGGCUCCUAAGCAGCAGUUUUCUUAAAGGGAACUGCUUCUAGGUAACCUGAAGUUGCCAGAUCUGGAGCACCACUGUGCCCUCCUCUCUGUCUGUUACACUGUCUGGCUGAACUGAUGUAGCAGGAGAUCUCAGCAUACUACUGUUCUUCACCAGCUUCACUGGGUCACACUGGCUUCCUGUGGGAGGGAGUGUGUGGCUGAUUACUGCUCAGAGAGGGAGGAGGGAGAUGCAGGCAAUGGGGUGCUUCUAUGGCCCUCACCUUCCUGUCCUGCCUGUGGUUCUUUCCCCUAAUCCUGACUAUAUAUCAUGCCAGCACAGCAGCAGUUCACUCCUCAGCAAUAACCCCAAGCGUGUUGAAAGUUAGAGCCCUGGGGAGAAACAGAACUGAAGAGGGGAGUGAUGUAGGGUGAGGCACUUGGCCAACUGCUAACCUUAGCAAUUUUCUAUCAUACCCCCUUUAAGCUGGUGAGCUGGGCGUCAAUUUUUCCCAGGUCAUGCACACUUUUAAUUUAUUUGAGAGAAACUCUAAUUGUAUUUUCACUGCAAUAUCUUGUAUUUUUUAUUUGUGAUUUAAAAAAUGUGAAGAGAAAAUACACAGACGUAUAAUGGCUAACAGUGUUUCUUUCGUUCCUUGUUCUAGAGCUAACCACUCUAAAAUUGUUUGGUAACGUCACUUAGUGUAAUUAAUUGUAACAUAUUCUUUUAAAUAAAUUGAUUUAUUGAUGAAA